CUCAGCCGCCGCGCGCCAGCAGCGUCCGACAGCAGAGCGAGCUACAGAGCGGAGCGUGCGCGCGCGACACUCAGCGACAUGACGAGCAGCAGAUUCCCAGAGCGAGCCAACAGCAGCGCGAGCUACAGACUCAACUGCAACAGCGGCGCGAGCACGAGCGCCCACAGCGGGAGCGCGCUCUCCCCGCUCCACAGCGCGAGCCUCACACUCGCCGUGCUGCUGAUCUCAGCCCUGCCGCUCUGCACAGGUGCUCCAAUGUUCCUGAAUCCAUCCACAAUACAGCAUGACCAGCUUCUAAACCAGAUAGAUAAUGCGUGCACAUCCUACCUCUCUGCAGAACGACCCUUCAGGACAUCUGACAUACUGCAGGACUUCUGUGGCCUGAUGCUGGAGGUGCUGCGAAAUUCUCAGGAGUUCUCAGCUCAUGAGCCCAGGAAAAGAUUUUUAUUUCAUUACACAAAGCCAAAUGGUGCAGGACUGACUGACGGGACGUCCUCUGUGUUCCACCCUCUCCUGCAGCUCAUACCCCAGCUCCAUAGUAGACGACGCAGACGAGUGGAGUCACAUGAGGACAUGCAGGGCCCGGGUGCCAUCCAGAGUAGAGGAUACUUCUUAUAUCGGCCACGAAAUGGAAGAAGGUCAACGGAGUAUGUGUAGAGAGAAUAAACAUAACAGUCAUUGUCCUGUGCAGCUGCUGUUUUAACCCAACUGAAAGCCAGACGAACCCUGAACACCACACCUACUCAUCUGGAGCACCUGCUUACUGUCCGUCUAUGGUGUAUAGUGAUGUUGAAUGUAAAUAGAAAAUCCAAAUAAAGUCUUUUUUUGACCCAGAGGUCCUAAUCGUGUAACCAUGUUGUGUCUUUUGAAUUAAAAGCAUUCUCAAAUGUU